GCGCCGCAGACGUUCCCCACCCCGCACGGCUGUGCGCGCAUGCGUGCUCCCAUCGCUGUGGCCUCCGCACGCUCCAGCAUGUUUGCUCCUCGUGGCACCGCAGCUGACAUGGCCCUCCGCGCGCAGGCUCGAGACGGACAUGCACACCGGUGUCUCGGACGCCGACGUCGCCAAGCGCCGCUCGCAGUUCGGCUACAACGAGCUCGAGAGCCCGCACAAGAACCUCUUCGUCACGUUCCUCGGCUUCUUCAAGGGUCCCAUUCUCUACGUCAUGGAGAUUGCCGUCAUCCUCGCCGCCGGUCUGCGCGAGUGGAUCGACUUUGGUGUCAUCAUCGGUAUUCUUAUGCUCAACGCCUUCGUCGGCUGGUACCAGGAGAAGCAGGCCGGCGACAUUGUCGCCCAGCUCAAGGCCGGCAUUGCGCUCAAGACGACCGUCGUGCGCGGCGGCCAGGAGCACGAGAUUGAGGCGCGCGACCUCGUGCCCGGCGACAUUGUCGUCGUCGAGGACGGCAUGACGGUGCCCUGCGACGGCCGCCUGCUGGCCGACUACGAGGACAAGGACCUGAGCCAGGCCAACGCAAUCCGCGAGAAGAUGGAGGCCUCGCGCAAGGGCGGCUCGGAGAACGAGGACGACGAGGAGGGCAUCGACAAGGGCCCGGCCAUCAUUGCCUGCGACCAGUCGGCCAUCACCGGCGAGUCGCUCGCCGUCGACAAGCACAUCGGCGACACGGUCUUCUACACGACGGGCUGCAAGCGCGGAAAGGCGUACAUCCUCUGCACGGACAUUGCCAAGCAGACAUUCGUCGGCCGCACGGCCGCGCUCGUGCUCGGCGGCGACGUCAAGGGCCACUUCCAGAUUGUCAUGGACUCGAUCGGCGGCGCGCUGCUGAUUCUCGUCGUCGUCUUCCUGCUCAUGUUCUGGAUCUCGGGCUUCUUCCGCGGCACGGGCAUUGCCACGCCGCGCGACAACAACCUGCUCAUCUACACGCUCAUCUUCCUCGUCGUCGGCGUGCCCGUCGGUCUGCCCUGCGUCACCACGACGACGAUGGCCGUCGGCGCCGCCUACCUCGCGCGCCGCCAGGCCAUCGUGCAGAAGCUCACGGCCAUCGAGUCGCUGGCCGGUGUCGACGUGCUGUGCUCCGACAAGACCGGCACGCUCACGGCCAACAAGCUCUCGAUCCACGAGCCCUUCACGUCCGAGGGCGUCGACGUCAACUACAUGAUGGCCGUCGCCGCGCUCGCCUCGUCGCACAACAUCAAGUCGCUCGACCCCAUCGACAAGGUCACCAUCUCGACGCUCAAGGACUACCCCGGCGCGCAGGAGGAGCUCGCACGCGGCUGGAUCACUCACAAGUUCACGCCCUUCGACCCCGUCUCCAAGCGCAUCACGUCCGAGGUCGAGAAGGACGGCGUGCAGUACACGGCUGCCAAGGGUGCGCCCAACGCCAUCCUCAAGCUCUGCGCGCCCGACGCCGAGACGGCUGCCACGUACCGCAAGGUUGCCGGUGACUUCGCCUCGCGCGGCUUCCGCUCGCUCGGUGUUGCGAUCAAGGAGGGCGACCAGAAGUGGAAGCUGCUCGGCCUGCUGCCCAUGUUCGACCCGCCGCGCGCCGACACGGCCGCGACGAUUGCCGAGGCCCAGACGCUCGGCGUGUCCGUCAAGAUGCUGACCGGCGACGCCGUGGCCAUCGCCAAGGAGACGUGCAAGAUGCUGGCGCUCGGCACCAAGGUCUACGACUCGCACCGCCUCAUCGGCUCCGGCGGCAUGUCCGGCUCGGCCAUCCACGACUUCGUCGAGGCCGCCGACGGCUUCGCCGAGGUGUUCCCCGAGCACAAGUACCAGGUCGUCGAGAUGCUGCAGCACCGUGGCCACCUCACGGCCAUGACGGGCGACGGUGUCAACGACGCGCCGUCGCUCAAGAAGGCCGACUGCGGUAUCGCCGUCGAGGGCGCGUCCGACGCGGCCCGCUCGGCUGCCGACGUCGUCUUCCUCGACGAGGGUCUCUCGACGAUCAUCACGUCGAUCAAGGUCGCGCGCCAGAUCUUCCACCGCAUGAAGGCCUACAUCCAGUACCGUAUCUCGCUCUGCCUGCACCUCGAGAUCUACCUCGUGCUCUCGAUCAUCAUCCUCGACGAGGUGAUCCGCGCCGACCUCAUCGUCUUCAUCGCCCUCUUUGCCGACCUGGCCACGAUUGCCAUCGCCUACGACAACGCGCCGCACGCGCGCCAGCCCGUCGAGUGGCAGCUGCCGCGCAUCUGGAUCAUCUCGACGGUGCUCGGCGUGCUGCUGGCCAUGUCGACGUGGGUCAUCCGCGGCACGCUCUUCAUCCAGGGCCCGCCGGGAGAGUCGGGCGGCAUCAUUGCCAACUUCGGCAACACGCAGGAGAUCCUCUUCCUGCAGGUCUCGCUCGUCGAGAACUGGCUCAUCUUCGUCACGCGCCUCGGCGGCGGCGAGUCGGACGUCACGCUGCCGUCGUGGCAGCUCGUGGGCGCCGUCAUCGGUGUCGACAUCAUCUCGACGCUCUUCUGCCUCUUCGGCUGGCUCUCGGGCGCGCCGAACCGCAACCCCAUCACGGCCCCGCACGGCGGCUGGACGGACAUCGUCACCGUCAUCCGCGUGUGGUGCUACUCGUUCGGCGUCAUGGUCGUCAUCACGCUCGUGUACUUCAUCCUCAACCGCAUCAAGGCGCUCGAGGAGCUGGGCCGCCGCAAGCGCUCGGUGCGCAACCCGCUGCUCGAGGACUUCUUCACGUCGCUGCAGCGCCUCACCAUCGUGCACGAGAAGGCCGACAAGGAGGGCGAGCACGACGUGUACUCGUUCGCCACGCGCCUCGAGAUCGAGGACGAGUAAGCGGCGCGAGCCUCGUCACUCGUUGUCUCUCCCGCUCUUCCGCUCCGCCGUGUGAUUCCCCUCUCUCCCUCCCUUCCUGCCUCCCCUCACAGCAUAUCCU